AUGGACGAAAUAAUCGAGGGAGUUCCGGGGCAAAAUGCCAAACACAUGUUUUGGCUGUCCGUCUUCCACGGAAAAGAGGGCAUGAGACCGGUACUGCCGCAGGGAGACGAAGAGCCCGUUUUGUACUUGAGUAGACGGUACUUCGGAGAGGUACCCACUGGCCGGGCCUGUAGCGCUAGAAACAAUCUACGGGUGCGUCCAAUCGUGAAGGACAUCUACCACGAACACGUCACGACGGCACAGCGACCGGCGGAAGAAGUGGAAGCAUAUCGGAGGGCCAACGAUAUCGUUGUCACGGGGCGCCACGUUCCGAAGCCCAUCCUGCACAUCGAUGAAGCUGGGUUUCCUGGGUACAUAUCGGAUGUCGUCGAGGCGUGCAACAAUGGUCGAGGCCUCAGUGCGAUUCAAGCGCAAUGCUGGCCCGUAGUGCUUGGAGGUAAAGACCUUGCCGCCUUCAUUUACGACAAAUCAGAAGGCAAGCACAUCGCCUACCUCAUUCCGGCCAUUAUACACAUAAUCCACCAGCCGGCCGAGUUGCGCGCAUGUGGACCUUUAGUGCUGGUGCUUACGGCGACUCGGGAAGAAGGCUUACAAGCUCGGAGUGUUGCCGACGAGCUCAAAGUGAAGACGGGAAUUCGGACGAUGUACCUCCUGCCUGGGGAACCGCGAGAACCGCAGCUCAAGCAGCUUGAGGAAGGUGCCAAAAUUUGCUUCGCCACGCCCAGCCGCCUCGUGUCUUUGAUGAAGGAGCGUAAGAUAAACCUGCGGCGCUGUGGUUACAUGGUGCUGGACGGAGCUGACCACAUGGUGACGAUGGGCUUCGGGAAGCAGCUUCGCGUCCUUGCGAAAAACACCCGUCAUAAGCACCAGACGCUGGCGUGGCUUUCAUCGCGCAUGAUGGAUGCGCUCCAACUCGUAGAAGAAUGGACGAAUGAUUGCGUCACAGUAAGCAUCAGAGCGGCGAUCCACGAGGAUCACACCCGGGUUGAGCACAUUGUUUGCGUUUGCGAGAUGGCGUAG